AUGCACCCAGGAGACCCUGGUGCCCAGCCAGCUCCUGCGCGUGGUCAGGCACCUCCCCAUCCCCUCAACUCCUGCUCUUUAACCCCAGCUCAUUUGAUAUUGCUUGCGGGCAAUGAGCUCCCCCCACGCCAGACAGCCGUGGCGGGGGGUCUCUCUGUGGCCCCGGGGCAGGGGGACGCACCAAGCCCUGAGCUCUGUGGGGGCCGGUCUCACCUUAGGGGCUCACCCAGCCCCACGGGAGUCAGCGGGCGCGGGCUCACCGACCAGGGCCGUUGCAAAAAGUGUUUGCAAACGGGACGCCAUGGGAGCAGAGCUGAGCUUGCACCCACACCCUGUGCUCGGGGCACAAGGGAGGAGGAGGAGGAGGAGGAGGGCUGGCUGAUGCAUUCAUCGCAGCCUGGGAAGGCUGCUCCGGUGCUGCGUCAGCCCCCGGCCGCCCUCGCGCAUCCGAGAUUCCCCGCGGCUCUGACAGCUCCCCUGGGCUCCUGGAGGGCCCGCUCACACGAGGGUGCCCCCCCGCCGCCGCCCUGGCCCUGCGCCGGGCCCGCUGGCGCCAGGCCGUGCCCUGCAGCUCCCGCCCCGCAGGGGGCCGGGACGCCUGGGCAGCUCUGCCCUGGGCGGGGGGGUCUAGGCCAUCCCAUCACCCAGCCUGCACCCGCCGUGGUCCCUGGGGAGUGGCCGGGCUGGAGGCCUCAAGCUUUUCACUCACGCUUCGUGUCUCCCCUGCCAGUCGACCGAUCCUUGCAGAACCUGUCCCUGGCCCAGUCACUGUCGCUGAACCUGAAGAACCACUACAGCCUGGACAUCAACCUGCCGUCCACCUCUACCCCCGCCAGCAUCUUGGGCAGCCCCGUGGCCCCCGGCUCGCUCUCAGCCCUUGCCUCGGGGGAUUCCUACCUCAAUCUCUUGAACCUGGAGAGGGGCGGCUCCUGCUAUGACGGCAAGGAGGGGGACGAGUGCUUGGCUGUGCUGGAAGGGCAGGACGGGGUCAGCAGGCGUGUGGAGGGCUCCGCGGUCAGCGAGUUCGCCCCGCUCAACGGGAGCAGCCGGCAAAAGGCAGAUGAUGUCGACAGCAGGGUGGAUGAGGACAGGAGGCAGCAGCCCAUUCCCAAGAUCAACCCCCCACCACCCAUCCUACGCAAAAGGUCGAGCAAGACCUCCCCAAGCCUGGAGGUGGACGCCAAGCCCGAGACCACUGUCCACGUGAGCCUUCCCAGCCCCAGUGUGUCCAGCCUCACCAACAUCACUGCCAGUUCCCUCACCCUCUUGGACCCCGAGGUGAGGACUUCUGCCUGGAGCGCUGCCUCCAGCACGGAGCUCGUCCCUGCUGGGACCUCGCAGCAUGCUCUUGGCAAGGACAGGACUGGAGAGAACGGACACGUGUCCCCCCUGUCCAGCAUCCAUGACGCUGCAACAGGUGAGGCCCUGGGCAGGAACCUAGCCGCCCUGGCCAGCCCCAUGGACAGCACGUUGCCGUUUUCCCCGGUGGACGACACCUGCUUGCACAUCAGCUUCUCGGAAGAUGAGCUGCUUGAACCAGAGCUAGAUGCUGCUCUGGGACCUAGCAGGGUCCCCGCUUAGCUGGACUGCAGUCCUCGGCAGCUGGCAGGCAGUCCCAGCAGCUCCAUCCACCUCGCUCCACCAGCCUGCGUGGGCUUAGGGGGCCCCUCUGUGCCCAGGCUGGGAAGCAGGUCCCUUUGCCGUCCCUGCCCCAUGCGGUAGCUGCCCCCAGUGCAUGCAGGGCUGCCGGAGCAGGACCUCCCUCGAUCUGCACCAGCUCACAUUGCAUCAAGCCCCAGGGCCGCAGGGGGAUCAUCGCUGCCUUCCCUCUGUCCCCAGCCCCCCCACUGGCCCUCGGUCCGCGUGCUGGCUCUUACGCAGUCAGGGACGCAGCACAGGGCCCUGCCGGAGGAGCUCGCUCUGACUUGCUCUGCAGCAGAGGCAACCAUUCAUGGUCAUAGCUACAGCCCGUGUUGCUGGCUGGGCUGCAGACAGUCCCACGAACGGCAGGGGGCCGGCCACAGG